AUGACACAUCAAGAACAACAAAUACGUCUGACACAAGCAGGUGUACAUGAUAAUCCAGAUUUUGUUCUUAAAUAUUUAGAAGAAAUUGAACUAUUAGCUGAAAAUGUUCUUGCUGAACGACGAGAAAUAAUUGAAUUAAAUAAACGACGUGAUAAAUUACGUGAAGCCAGUCGAGCUAUUCAUAAACAACCAGCAAAUACAAAAAUUAAUUGGAUGUGUUUAAAUAAUAAUUUUCUUGCAAUACCAACAAAAGAUUGUAAACGUUUAAUUGAUCGAGAUUUUGAUCAAAUGAAUCUUGAAAUCAAUCAAGCAGAAAAAAAAUUAAAAGAAAAUAUUAAAAAAUUAUAUGAUGCAGAAAAAAAACCAGAAAUUCGUGGUUUUAAUUUAAAAUCUUUAUCACGUGAAGAACGUCAAGAAUUCGAUCAAUUAUUAGAACCUUACAUUUAA